UCUUCUUCAGUGUCUGUCUCUCUCUACUAAGGUUCGUCGACUUCGUAGAAGCAAAAUAUGUUCUUGAUUCGUCUCUCCCGCCAUAAUCCAUCCUCUUUUACACUUCUCACGCGCCGCCUUCACGACCAAACAAUUUCCUCUUCACGACUCCGAGACCUUUACAAUUUUCAAUCACCGCCGCCUUUGUCGUCGUCAGCCUCUGAAAAUUCUGACUUUAACCAGAAGAACAAUAAUAAGAAGAAGCCAAAGCCGCAGUACCGUCCACCUUCUUCGCUGGAAGGUGUGAAGACGGUUCACUCUGAUCUUCCGUUUGAUUUCCGGUUCAGUUACACAGAGAGUAGUUCAAAUGUGAGGCCAAUUGGCUUGAGAGAGCCAAAGUAUUCACCUUUUGGUCCUGACCGGUUGGACCGGGAAUGGACCGGUGUCUGUGCGCCGGCGGUUAAUCCAAAGGUUGAGUCUGUGGACGGAGUGGAGGAUCCGAAGCUGGAAGAGAAAAGAAGGAAAGUGAGAGAGAAGAUCCAAGGGGCAUCACUCACUGAAGCUGAAAGGAAAUUUCUGGUGGAGCUGUGUCAGAGGAACAAAACUAAACGACAAGUCAAUCUUGGGCGAGAUGGUUUGACUCAUAAUAUGCUGAAUGAUAUCUAUAAUCAUUGGAAACAUGCUGAAGCGGUUCGGGUCAAAUGUCUUGGAGUCCCAACUCUCGAUAUGAAGAACGUUAUAUUCCACCUUGAGGACAAAACGUUUGGCCAGGUAGUGUCUAAACACUGUGGUACCCUUGUGUUAUAUAGAGGGCGAAACUACGAUCCUAAGAAAAGGCCUAAGAUCCCAUUGAUGUUGUGGAAACCUCAUGAACCUGUGUACCCUAGGCUGAUUAAAACAACAAUUGAUGGUCUAAGCAUCGAUGAGACCAAAGCAAUGAGAAAGAAAGGGCUAGCGGUUCCUGCCCUGACAAAACUCGCCAAGAAUGGUUAUUACGGUAGUCUUGUUCCAAUGGUGAGAGAUGCUUUCCUCGUGAGUGAAUUGGUACGGAUUGAUUGCUUGGGACUAGAUAGAAAGGAUUACAAGAAAAUUGGAGCAAAGCUUAGGGAUUUGGUCCCUUGCAUCCUGGUGACAUUUGACAAGGAGCAGGUCGUGAUUUGGAGAGGUAAAAACUAUAAGCCACCCAAAGACGAUGAUGAAUAUUCCUCCUUCAUUCAUCGUGAAUCUUCCAUAGACUCCGAUGGCGAUUUAAGUUGUAGCAGAGGGGCUCAAGAUUCUCCAGACGAGAUAACCAGAACCUAGGAUGAUUUAGUACUCUUGAUCCCAGAUGUAUAGUUAUAAUGUGAGAGUAAUUUGUGGUAAUGUUUCUGGAGAAUCCAGCUUUUUGACAAAUUGAUAUAAUUAAUCCAAGUGGCUUAC